GGCGGGCAGAACAAGUGCGGUUGCACCGACACCGGUACAUAGGCGCGGGCCGGCGUGUCCUUGGGCUAGAGAGCGGGACGUCCGUCCGUCUUCGGGUCGCAGCGGUCGUGGUGUUGAUCACCUGGGAGCGAAAGAAAAAUGGGUGAUGUUGAGAAAGGCAAGAAGAUUUUUGUUCAGAAGUGUGCCCAGUGCCACACUGUGGAAAAGGGAGGCAAGCAUAAGACUGGACCAAAUCUCCAUGGUCUGUUUGGGAGGAAGACUGGUCAGGCGGCUGGGUUCUCAUACACAGAUGCCAACAAGAACAAAGGCAUCACCUGGGGAGAGGACACCCUGAUGGAGUAUUUGGAGAAUCCCAAAAAGUACAUCCCUGGAACAAAAAUGAUCUUCGCUGGAAUUAAGAAGAAGGGAGAAAGGGCAGACCUAAUAGCUUAUCUUAAAAAGGCUACUAAUGAGUAAUUCCACUGCCUUAUUUAUUACAAAACAAAUGUCUCAUGGCUUUUAAUGUGUACCAUAAUUUAAUUCAUACAUCAAAAUUCAGAUCAUGAAUGGCUAACAAUGUUUUUGUUGGGACGGUCCUGAUUUAAGUAAAAGUGACUUAUAGUAAAGUGGAUAUGAUCUUUUUUAAAAGUAACAAUUCCAGUCACUAUCACAGCUCUCCCUUUCUCAAGAUUGGAUUGGACUUAUUAAAGUUAUACUUUCCACAAAGA